AUGUCCGAAGUAGAUAUGAAGGAGCACGAGAAUCGUCGAUCAACGACAUCAGAUCCAGAACUCCAAACCAAAGAAGCAACACCCUCGAAACAGCAAUCACCAAUCAAAGAAGCAGCGUUCAUCGCAGUGGUCUGCGCAGCCCAAUUAAUGACCCAAGCUGGUCUAUCCUUAUCAAUCGCCCCACUAUACUACAUCGGAGAAAGCUUCAACACAUCACCCCGAGAUUUGACCUGGGCCUCGGCAGCCUACAGUCUAACAGUGGGAACAUUCAUCCUCGUCUCAGGCAGACUGGGCGACAUAUACGGCCACAGACUCCUAUUCAUCAUAGGCUUCACCUGGUUUGGCGUUUGGUCUUUGCUUGGCGGGUUCGCCGUAUGGUCGAAUCAGAUCUUCUUCGAUUGUUGUCGCGCCUUGCAGGGCAUUGGACCGGCGCUGCUUUUGCCAAAUGCGGUUGCUAUUUUUGGGAGGACUUAUCCGCCCGGUCUGAAGAAGGAUAUGGUCUUUUGUCUUUUUGGCGCUACUGCUCCCGGUGGGUUCACACUUGGUGCUACGUUUUGCUCACUGCUUGCUCAGCAUGUUUGGUGGCCGUGGGGGUAUUGGAUUAUGGGCAUUGCUUGUUUUUGUUUCGCUGGUUUGGGCUUGGUGCUUAUUCCUCGGGAUGAGAUACAAGAGUUGGAUAUAACACUAGGCUCGACUUUUGCUCAAUUGGACGGCUUGGGUGCUAUCACUGGUGUGAGUGGUCUUGUCUUGAUUGCCUUUGCGUGGAAUCAGGCGCCUGUGGUUGGGUGGGAUGUGCCAUACACUUAUGUUCUGCUUGUUGUCGGAAUUUUAAUCCUGGUGGUCUUCCUGAUUGUCGAGAGAAGAGCUGUCUUUCCGCUCCUCCCGAGCUCAGUAUUCAAGGGCGAGGUUGGCUGGGUGCUCGGGUGCGUUGCGGCGGGAUGGUCGAGUUUCGGAAUUUUGAUAUUUUACUACUACAACUUCCUCGAAACGAUUGAUCACAACAGUGGGCUGUUGGUCACAGCAAAAUGGGCAGGUGCAUCUGCUUCCGGGGCAACUGCUGCGGUUAUAACUGGUCUUCUUUUGAGCCGAGUGCCCCCGAGUUUUAUCAUGCUUGCUGCAAUGCUUGCCUUCACGAUAGGCUUGUCGCUUUUGGCCACUAUACCACCUGGUCAGACUUACUGGGCCAAUGCAUUCCUGAUCAUGCUGAUCACUCCUUGGGGAAUGGACAUGUCGUUCCCAUCUGGAACAUUGAUUCUUAGUAACUCUAUGCCCCGAGAGCAUCAGGGAGUGGCAGGCUCACUGGUCAACACUGUUGUCAAUUACUCUAUAGGGCUCGGUCUCGGCUUUGCGGGCACAGUUGAGAGAUAUGUGGACCCCGACGGCUCAGAUACACUCAAGGGAUAUCGGGGUGCGUCUUAUAUGGGACUAGGUCUGGCAGGACUGGGUUCUGUCAUUGCGAUUCUUUUCACGAUCGUCACUUGGCGGAAGUCUAGCAGAGGUGCGGAGUGA